AUGGAAGCUGGUAAUGCAAGUGAAAGCCAGGAUAUUACAGUUUCACAUACUGAGACACAGGAAAAUACUGAUCAUGUUUCUAACACUGAAUCUAUACCAUCUACAUCUCACAGCUCAUCGUCUGAAAGGCAAAGAAAGAGAAAGAACGAUGAAUCUUUGGCUGUUUUACUGAAAGACAUUGAUGCAGAUUAUGAAAAGCGUCGCCGUGAGAUAAAAGAGAAAGAGGCAGCUGAAAGGGAAUCAAGAAGACAUCCAUUAAAACUGUUUUUUGAGAGUAUGAGCGAAACAGCCAUAAAGUUUCCAGAGUGGUUUCAAAGGGACAUUAAAAGGAAAAUCUUUACCAUAAUGUCUGAAGCGGAAGAUAAGUAUGACAAUUACUUAUACGGAAGUCAGUUCUCAUAUGGAUAUUCAACAUCUUCUGCCCAAUCUACUCCACGCUCCCAAGACACUCGAGUCUCCCAAGAUAAUCCAUACGUCCAAGAUACUCAAAAUAACGAAGGCACUCCGUUCACCCAUACCACUUUCGAUUGA